UGACAGUUAAAGCUGAUGUUUCUAUUCCUUCUUUUUUAUGAACAGGCAUUUGACAAGUUGACAAUCCUCAAUUUAAGUUUUUCAGGAAGUUUACUCCGAACACCCAAUUUUUGUGAGAGUCCAAACCUCCAGAAGAUUAUACUGAAAAGUUGUGUAAGUUUGGUUGAAAUUCAUCCAUCCAUUGGAAAUCUCAAGAAGCUUAUCUUCUUGAAUCUGGAAAACUGCAAAAAUCUCAAGUCUUUACCAAGUAGUAUUCAAAUGGAAUCUCUUGAAAGCUUCAACCUCUCAGGUUGUCAGAAAUUAGAAAACUUUCCAGAAAUUCGGGGGAAUAUGGAAUUGCUAUCAGAGCUCCUUCUGGCACGUACUGCAAUCUGUGAAAUACCCUCAUCAAUAGGACAGCUCAGUGGUAUCAGAUUGCUUGAUUUGCGAUCAUGUGAAAACCUUGUAAGACUCCCAGCCAGUGUCUGUGAGAUGAGAAAACUGAAAAUUUUGAUUCUGAAAGGCUGCUCAAGACUUGCAAUUUUUCCUGAAAAUCUAGGUGAUCUAAACGAGUUGGAGGAGCUCUAUGCUGGCAACACUGCCAUUUGGCAACUACCAGAUUCUAUUGGAAACUUAAGCAAACUCAAGAUCCUUUCAUUAAGAAAAGGGUGGAAGGUAAAGCAUCAAUCUGCUCGCAGUUUGAUAUUACCCUGGGUGUUUCAUUCUUUGGGGGAAUUGAAAAGCUUAGAUCUCAGUGGAUGUAAUUUAUGUGAUAAACAAGCUUCUGCUCUUAUCAACUUAACUUCUUUAUUGGAACUGAAUCUGAGCAGGAAUAAGUUUAUUUAUUUGCCUGCUAUCUUCAGGCGACUUUCUCACCUUCGAUAUCUUAAUAUAGCACACUGUCAGGAACUUGAGGAACUUCCCCUACUUCCUCAGAAUAUAGAGGAAUUAUAUGUAGAGGAUUUUUUGGCAAAAGAAAGUGUUGAAAAGCUACGGAUGUACCCAAGGUUGAAUUUGGUAUCAUUCACCAAUUAUAGUUUUGAUCAACAAUCUUAUACAGAGGAGAGCAAUGGUAGCUCAAUUUCAGAUGAGAUUCUCAGUUUGUUUCUAUCAAACAAUAUGGAUGAUGUGAUCCUCCCCACUCUUAACUCCGAUCAUAGGGUAACUUGUUCCAUUGUCUUUCCUGAACGUGCAAUUCCCACAUGGUUUAUGCAUCAGGGUGUUGAGGAAAAGAUCUCGUUCAAACUGCCCAGUAAUUGGUAUAAUGAUAAGUUAAAGGGAUUUGCUAUAUGCUGUGUGACUCUCAUGGGAGCAGGUGUCUGCAGUCCUAAUUCAAGGCUAUCUGGGAAGUAUGAUUAUGCUUUCAUCAAUGCCAAAUUGAUAUGCAAUGAUCAUUUGAAAGACCUUAAAGUGAUUGAGAAAGAAUGUAAAGUGGGCACAGCAUCUAGAACAUAUGGCUGGUGUGUUUGCUUCGCCUACAUACCAUUGUAUUCUUCACUGCAGGUUGGAGACAUUAACCAGUAUAGCCUAUUUGAGGCAUCUAUGCAUGGGUGCAUUGCGAGACAGUGGGGAGUUCAUAUGAUCUAUGAGGAUGAAAGAACAUUUUUUUCAAAAAUAUACGAAAUUGUUGGUUUCACACGACUUAAGCGGAAGAGAGGCUAAAUUAGCUCUAUAUGCUGGGAUAUUGAGGUAAUUACCAAGAAACCAAGUU